AUGUUAAAUAUCAACAAAAAUCACGUUUUCGAUGCUCAAAAAUUCAUUUCAAUCGUCAUAAUUAGUCAAUCAAUAACUAAUGAGUCUGCAUGCUCCAUUUCUGCAGACGUGGCGGCCAACGAGGUCAUCACAAUCUGCGGCGACUUCGCAGCCACGGACUUUUCCAAUCUUCUUCGCGUACUUUCUGUAUCCAUAGUUCUGGCGACGUCGUUCUCCGGCAUGGGCGUCCUUGCUGACGCAUUGUCCGUUGUAGCAGAUUUCACGGGAGGUACAACGGUACACGUCGCGGCAGCUGAGACCAUCGGAGUGGACGUUGGAGGCGAAGAGGGCGAGGAGAAGGAUCUGGAAGGAUUUUCUUAUUAG